AUGACUUCAACAACAUUGUUUCAUCUCGAUCAACGAGUAUUUAUUCAUUGCUGGCAAAGUAGAGGAAGUAUUCCACCGCCAUCAAUUUCAACAAUUUCAAGAACAAGUGCUGUAACAACAAAACAAAGAGGACUUCGUGUACCAACACCCGGUACAACCACUAAACUUACAGGAUCUGAUGGUGAUAUUGAUCAAACAGGUAGUCUUACUCGAACAGCUCAAUCAUCCACUGAUAUUCGAACAACUGUAGCAACAGAACGAAUAUUACCACCUAAACAAGAAAUUAAACCACCUCUAUCACAGACCAAAACAAUAACUUCUAUGCACAACGAACGUAUUAAAGAAAUAAAUGAUAAAUUACAACAACAAGAACAUGAAUUAAAAGAAACACGUGAUAAAUUUACUACUUAUCGUGAUGAAAUGACUGAUACUGAAGUACGAAUUCAAUCACUUACACUUGAUCUUGAAAUGGCUGAAGAAAAAUUUGAAACUCUAACAUUAGAAAAUAUAACAUUAAAAGAAAAAUUUGAAGAAGUACAAUUAGAAUUAGAUGUUAUUAAAGGUGAAAUACAAUUAAAUGGACCAAAUCAAGUCCCAACUGAUAUUCAACAAAAAAUUGAUGAUGAACGAACAAUUAACAAUGAAACAAGCAUUAAUUAA